UUCAUCUUAAUCUGUAUAGAAAUGUUGGGUGCGGAAGAGGUAAAUGAUAUCUUGAGUGAGCUGAUCAAUGGUGAGGAUAAUAAUGGUUUGCCUCCAGGGUUUAGAUUCCAUCCAACUGAUGAAGAGCUCAUAACUUUCUACUUGGCUUCAAAGGUCUUCAAUGGAACAUUCUGUGGAGUUGAUAUUGCUGAAGUUGAUCUCAACAGAUGUGAGCCCUGGGAACUUCCAGAUGUGGCAAAGAUGGGGGAAAGAGAGUGGUACUUCUUCAGCUUGAGAGACAGGAAGUACCCAACUGGGUUAAGAACAAACAGAGCCACUGGAGCUGGCUACUGGAAGGCCACUGGGAAAGACAGAGAGGUUUGCAGUGCUUCAACAGCUUCUUUACUUGGCAUGAAGAAAACCCUUGUUUUCUACAGAGGCAGAGCUCCUAGAGGUGAAAAGACCAAGUGGGUCAUGCACGAGUACCGUCUAGACGGCGACUUCUCCUAUCGCUACAAGUGUAAGGAGGAAUGGGUCAUUUGCAGGAUUUUUCAUAAAACAGGGGAGAAGAAAAAUGGAUUUUUCCAAGGACAUGGCUAUCUCCUAGAAUCUGCUGCUUCAUUUCCCUUAAUUCCUAGUUCUUCUUCUUCUCCGCCUCCAUUGCUUGAAACACCCAUUCACCAAAAGCCUUUUCUGCUUGAUCAUCAUCAUCGCCAUGAAAAUCCUGACCUUAAAUACCUAAUUAACACAACUAUUUCACAACCUGAUCAGCUUCUUAAAACAAAUGUGUUUGCACCCUCCUUUUCACCUGCCAUUAACAGCAGCUCAUCAUUAUCAGCAGCAGCAGGAGCAGCAUCACCAUCUAUGCUCCUCAAGUCCCUUCUAUCAUCAUCACAUCAAGAUUUCACUGUUCCCAAACAGUGCAAGACAGAGGCCAACUAUAACUUUUCACAUUUCCAAUUACCACCUCCUGAUGAUGCUGAUAACUUGAAUUACUGGAUGCAAAAGAUUACUAGUAACCAAAACCCAUAUCAAAAUCCCCUGUUUUUUGAAAUGGGUUGUGGUAAUUUUCAGGUAUCAUCAACAACAGCUGGAGAUACUAGUGCUUCUACUGUUUAUGACAUGUUUGCUCCAGUUGGCUCUCAGAUGAUGUAAAAUCCUCCUAUCAGAGUCCCAGCU